AUGUCCUUAAAUGCUUUAUCAAUAGACACAAACAAGAAAACAGUGACAUUUGAUGAUGGCUUAAUCCAGUGCUAUGACCAAAUCCUUAUUGCAACGGGCUUCAGAGCAAAGAGCCUAGACUGCCCUGGUGUGGACCUGGAAAAUGUGCUAAUGCUGGAAACAGCAGAGGAUGCCCGGUGCAUCCACUAUGCCUGCGUGGGCUGCAGGACAGUUGUUGUGGGCACUUCCUUCGUUGGCAUGGAAGUGGCCGCCUAUAUGAUAAAUAUGGCCAGUAGUAUCACGAUCAUUGGAAGCAGUGAACUCCCCUAUCAGAAGACUCUAGGCCCAGAGAUAGGAAAGGUCACCAUGAUGAUGCUGGAAGAGAGAGGGGUGACAUUCUACAUGAAUGAUGCCGUCGCAGAAGUUCAAGGCGAAAAUAGGAGGGUUAAGGCUCUUACACUUCCAAAAUCUUUAAUCAUGUCCCUGUACAUGAGGACCAACAUAACAGACGUCUACUGUGCAGGAGAUCUGACCUCCUUUCCUCUCAAAAUGGCAAAAGGCCAGAAUGUGAGCAUCGGCCACUGGCAGAUAGCGCAGGCACAUGGAAGGAUUGCAGCCUUAAGCAUGUUGCAGAGGGAGGUGGAGCUAAACACAGUGCCAUUCUAUUGGACCGUCCUGCUGGGAAGAACUAUUCGAUAUGCUGGGUAUGGGGAGGGAUACACUGAGAUGGUGCUGAAAGGGAAAUUUGAGAACAUGAAGUUUUUGGCACUUUACCUCAAGAAUGAUGAGGUGGUGGCUGCAGCAGGAUUGAAUGUUGAACCGGCUGUCUCUGUGGUAGCAGAAAGUUUGGCGGGAGGAAGAGCGAUUACAAAGGCAGAAGCAGAGUCAGAUGACCUUAGCUGGCUGAAGCUGCAGCCCAUGUGA